CCCUUUCGGUCCACGCCGCAGCUGCCCCGCGAACGGACGAAUACGGCGGUACAGACCAGGGCGUCCUCUCCACGGGUGCUCCACAGUCGGGCCCCGUCCAAGUUGGAAAGAACAAAAAAGAGAAGGCAAUAAAUGCUAAAGGGGAGAGAGAGAGGGAGAGGGAGCCGCCACAUCGGCGGCAACUCCCAGCCCGGGCUGCAAGGGAGGGAGGAGGGAGCCGGAGAGAGCGGGCGGGCGGGCGCGCGCGAGGGCGAGCUGUGCACGGGAAGAAACUGACACCCGGACCCCCCACUUCUGCCGCACGGUGCUGGCAAUCAGAUCGCGUUUAAGCAAUUUCCUGAGCCCGAGAAUAGCAAUGAGUCGGGAGACUUUCGCGGACUGAAAUUGGGAGCUGCAGUCACUCCCCAGGUUUUGUGUGUGUGGUGUUUUUGUGGGGUUUUUUCCCCCUUUCUUUCUUUCUUUCUUUUCCUAGAGAAAGUUGGAGGGGGGCGCUACAAUUGGGAAACAGCUUUUUUGUUUGUUUGUUUUUUAAAUCUUGCACUCUGGAACCGCGGACUGUGGCAGUGUGCGAGCUUGUGGUUGGUGCCUUUUUUUUUUUUUUCUUUCCCUCCCCCUGCCUUGCCUAAACUCCUCUGUCCGCCUGUAAACAUUACCUGUGAAUUUCCCAGCCGAAAAGGCUGUUGGGGCAAGAAACUUGUUAGAACUUCCCAGCCCCCGUCCUCCCCUCCGCCCCUCUCACCGUCCCAAUCUUCUGAGACUUUUUUCCCCCUCCUAAGCCGGAGCAGACUUUAUCUUUUACUUUUACUUUUUUUUUUUUUUAAUCCCCCACUUUUCCUCGACCAUUGCUCUGCAUCUGGAAAGAGAUCAGUUCAAGAGUGGGCCAGGUGGGACGCCUCUCUCUUUCCUUAUUUAGUUUAUUUAUUAUUGUUUGGGGUGUUUUCUUUCUUUUUUUAAUUCCUGUUUUGCUUAGUCCGGGGAGUUUUGUCCGCCGCCUUUAACCCUCCCCCCCCCCCCCGUGCCCGGCUCUGCCGCGCGGAGGAUGGGGUGGAAAUGGCUGGGCGCGCUGGUAGUGUUCCCUCUGCAAAUGAUCUAUCUGGUGACCAAAGCGGCCUUGGGACUGGCGUUCCCCCCCAAGCUCCGGGACCUGUCGCGGGAGUCAGUCCUCAUCACCGGCGGUGGGAGAGGCAUCGGGCGCCACCUCGCUCGGGAGUUCGCAGAGCGUGGCGCCAGAAAGAUUGUUCUCUGGGGCCGGACUGAGAAAUGCCUGAAGGAGACGACAGAGGAGAUUCGGCAGAUGGGCACAGAGUGCCACUACUUCAUCUGUGAUGUGGGCAACCGGGAAGAAGUGUACCAGAUGGCCAAAGCUGUCCGAGAGAAGGUACAGCCCACAGGGACUGGCUGCCCUCACGGCUCCACAGCCCCCUCUUGCCCACAGGUGGGUGACAUCACCAUCCUGGUGAACAAUGCCGCCGUGGUCCAUGGGAAAAGCUUGAUGGACAGCGAUGAUGAUGCCCUCCUCAAGUCCCAGCAUGUCAACACCCUGGGCCAAUUCUGGACCACCAAGGCCUUCUUGCCACGCAUGCUGGAGCUGCAGAACGGACAUAUCGUGUGCCUCAAUUCCGUGCUUGCGCUGUCGGCCAUCCCCGGCGCCAUCGACUACUGCACAUCGAAAGCCUCGGCCUUUGCCUUCAUGGAGAGCCUGACCUUGGGGCUGCUGGACUGUCCGGGUGUCAGCGCCACCACCGUGCUGCCCUUCCACACCAGCACCGAGAUGUUCCAGGGCAUGAGAGUCAGGUUUCCCAACCUUUUCCCGCCAUUGAAGCCAGAGACAGUAGCCCGGAGGACGGUGGAAGCUAUGCAGCAAAACCAGGCCCUUCUCUUGCUCCCAUGGACCAUGAACAUCCUCAUUAUCUUGAAAAGCAUACUCCCACAGGCUGCACUAGAAGAGAUCCACAGGUUCUCAGGGACCUACACCUGUAUGAACACCUUCAAGGGGAGGACAUAGAGGCCGGAGGAGGACAUGCCUGAGGAGCUACGGAGCCUGAGGGCAGCCACAGCAACCAGGCACACACCCAUGUGCCCUGCAUUGGCACGUCUAUUGGGAGAGCAGGACCGUUCCUGUCCCCAGGGAGGAUUCUGCAGUUCCCCAGGUCACCUCCAGGACCUUUGUGCAGGACUGAUGGGUGUAACUCUGACCCCCAUGGGGAGGCAAGAAGCCAGCCAGCAGCCACCCGACAACUUUGUACAUUUCUCGCUCUGUAGGGUUUAUUCUUAAGUUGCUUCUCCAGUCUAACCCACCCGAGCAGCCGCAUCUACUAUUUCCAGGAGAGUCUGCCCCCAGACCCUCCACCUUUGCCUGCAAGACCCUCUCAUCCUCAGCUCAUGCAAACUGGUUAAAUGGCAGGAACGCAAAAUAAAGAGGUGGCUUUCUCA